UUAAAGGGGACUUAUGAAGCGGCUGGGACCAGAGGAAGCGCGUUUUAAUUAGACUAAGAAAAGAAAUACCGAACUUUUUCAUGAUGGAUAUUUUUCUUUUUUAAAUAAUUUGCCAUAUUGAUCUUUGUGGACUAUUGCUGGAUUUUCUCUCUUUUUUUCUGAUUUGGAGGGAUUUUAUUGGCUCUGCUGUUUGAGUUGUAAUAGGUGGCAGGUAGUUGUCUCAUCAUGAAGCUGGCAGGAGUGUUUUUGCUGCUGAUGCUUUGGACCUGUGAGGGUUCGAGAGUCGCAGAGAGCCGGGAUGACAAUAGUGUGUAUGACUUGUUUGAGCUGAUCCGAGUCCCCAGUAAGAACCACGGGGUCACCCUGGUGAAAGGAGACGACCCGUACAGCCCCGCCUACAAGAUCCUCAACCCGGACCUCAUCCCCCCGGUUCCCGAGAGCGCCUUUGGGGACCUGGUCGAUUCCAUUUACGCAGAGCGCGGUUUCCUCCUUCUGCUCAACUUCAAGCAGUUCAAACGAACCAGGGGCAGCCUCCUGACCGUGGAGAAGCGGGACGGGUCCGGACCCGUGUUUGAGAUCGUCUCCAACGGCAAGGCCAACACUCUGGACAUCGUUUACUCCACCGAGAACAAGCAGCAGGUGGUCUCCAUCGAGAAGGUGGAUCUGGCCACGGGUCACUGGAAGAACAUCACGCUGUUUGUGCAGGAGGACCGGGCGCAGCUGUUCGCGGGAUGCGAGGAGGUGAACACCGCCGAGCUAGACGUGCCGAUCCAAAGCGUCCUGACACAGGACAUCCCGGCCGGCGCGCAGCUCAGGGUCGGAAAAGGCGCAGUGAGCGACAGGUUCAUGGGGGUGCUGCAAAACGUGCGGUUUGUGUUUGGAACAACGCUGGAGGCCAUCCUCCGCAACAAAGGAUGCCAGAGCUCUGUUACAAGUGACACGAUGAUCCUGGAUGUCCUCAACGGGUCAUCAGCCAUCAGAACCGAGUUCACAGGACACAAGACUAAAGACCUGCAGAUGGUCUGCGGUUUCUCCUGCGAGGAUCUUAUCAGCAUGUUCAAGGAGCUGAAGGGACUCGGUGUGGUGGUGAAGGAGCUGUCCAACGAGCUCCGACAGCUGACGAAUGAGAACAAGCUGAUUAAAAACAGGAUCGGCAUUCACAGCGGCGUCUGCAUCCACAAUGGCAUAGUGCGCAAGAACAGAGACGAGUGGACCGUCGACGAUUGCACCGAGUGCACUUGUCAGAAUUCUGCUACUGUGUGCCGGAAAAUCUCCUGUCCACUGAUCCCCUGUGCUAAUGCAACCGUUCCCGAUGGAGAGUGCUGUCCACGUUGUGGAACGCCAAGCGACUAUGCAGAGGACGGCUGGUCGCCCUGGUCUGAAUGGACCCAUUGUUCUGUGUCUUGUGGGCGGGGCAUCCAGCAGCGUGGCCGCUCCUGCGACCGCAUCAACAACAACUGCGAGGGCACUUCUGUGCAGACCCGCGACUGCUACCUCCAGGAGUGUGACAAGCGCUUCAAGCAGGAUGGCAGCUGGAGUCACUGGUCACCCUGGUCAUCAUGCUCUGUCACCUGUGGUGCUGGCGUCAUCACUCGCAUUCGCCUCUGCAACUCCCCCACUCCUCAGCUGGGAGGCAAGGACUGCGUGGGAGAGGGCCGGCAGACUGAGAAGUGCCAGAAGUCCCCAUGUCCGAUCAAUGGGAACUGGGGACCCUGGUCACCCUGGGGUACGUGCUCACUCAGCUGCGGUGGUGGUGUCCAGACUCGUAAGCGUCUUUGCAAUGAUCCUGCUCCACUGUACGGUGGAAAAGAGUGUGUUGGCGAUGCCAUCGACAAACAGAUGUGCAACAAGAAAUCCUGUCCAAUUGAUGGAUGCCUGUCCAACCCUUGCUUUUCUGGUGCCAAGUGUACUAGUCUCCCCGAUGGUUCGUGGAAAUGUGGAAAGUGCCCAGUUGGCUACACAGGCAAUGGCGUAAAGUGCAAAGAUGUUGAUGAGUGCAAGGAGGUCCCAGAUGCUUGUUUUGAAUUUAACGGCAUGCAUCGUUGUGAGAAUACACAACCAGGCUACAACUGUCUGCCCUGCCCUCCACGCUUCUCAGGACCCCAACCAUUUGGUCAAGGUGUAGAGCAAGCUGCUGCUAACAAGCAGGUGUGCACUCCUCGUAAUUCCUGCCUCGAUGGAAGCCACGACUGCAACAAAAAUGCUCGGUGUAUCUACCUUGGACACUUUGCUGAUCCCAUGUUCCGCUGUGAGUGCAAACCUGGUUAUGCGGGUAAUGGUCACAUCUGCGGAGAGGACACAGAUCUGGAUGGAUGGCCCAAUUCUGAUCUAAUCUGUGUUGAGAACGCCACCUACCACUGCAAAAAAGACAACUGUCCCAAUCUUCCCAACUCGGGACAAGAGGAUUAUGAUAAGGAUGGAAUCGGUGACGCCUGUGAUGACGAUGAUGACAACGAUGGCAUUCCUGAUGACAGGGACAACUGUCCAUUCGUGUACAAUCCAAGGCAGUAUGACUACGAUCGAGAUGAUGUGGGUGACCGCUGUGACAACUGCCCUUACAACAGUAACCCUGACCAGACAGACACAGACAACAAUGGAGAGGGAGAUGCCUGUGCCAUAGACAUUGAUGGAGAUGGAAUAAUGAAUGAGAAGGACAACUGUCCCUACGUUUACAAUGUUGACCAGAGAGACACAGAUCUUGACGGAGUGGGAGACAUGUGUGAUAACUGUCCUCUGGAGCAUAAUCCUGAUCAGGUGGAUUCAGAUGACGACCGCGUGGGAGACAAGUGUGACAAUAACCAAGAUAUUGAUGAGGACGGACAUCAGAACAAUCUGGACAACUGCCCUUAUAUACCCAAUGCUAACCAGGCUGACCACGACAAGGACGGCAAGGGAGAUGCUUGUGACCAUGACGAUGACAACGAUGGUAUCCCUGAUGACAAAGAUAAUUGCAGACUGGCCUUCAAUCCCGACCAGCUGGACUCAGAUGGUGAUGGUCGUGGAGAUGGUUGCAAAGACGAUUUUGAUCAAGACAACGUGCCUGACAUCUAUGACGUGUGCCCUGAGAACUUUGAUAUCAGUGAGACCGACUUUCGUAAGUUCCAGAUGGUUCCUCUGGAUCCAAAAGGCACCUCCCAGAUUGAUCCUAACUGGGUGGUCCGCCACCAGGGCAAGGAGCUGGUUCAAACUGUCAACUGUGAUCCUGGCAUUGCUGUCGGUUAUCAUGAGUUUAACGCGGUUGACUUCAGUGGAACUUUCUUCAUCAACACAGAGAGAGAUGAUGAUUAUGCUGGCUUUGUCUUUGGCUACCAGUCCAGUUCCAGGUUCUACGUGGUGAUGUGGAAGCAGAUCACACAGACCUACUGGUCAAGUAAACCUACCAAGGCCCAGGGCUAUUCAGGCCUGUCCAUCAAAGUGGUGAACUCCACCACUGGCCCUGGAGAGCACCUCAGGAAUGCCCUCUGGCACACGGGCAACACUGCAGGACAGGUCCGUACUCUCUGGCACGACCCUAAGAAUGUUGGUUGGAAAGAUUUCACCGCCUACAGAUGGCAUCUGAUCCACAGGCCAAGAACAGGACUCAUUAGAGUUGUAAUGUAUGAGGGAAAGAAGAUCAUGGCCGAUUCUGGUACCAUCUAUGACAAGACAUAUGCAGGGGGAAGGCUGGGCCUCUUUGUUUUCUCACAAGAGAUGGUGUACUUCUCUGACCUCAAGUAUGAAUGCAGAGAUGCAUAAAGAAAUAGGUUGAAAUCUCUGAGGAACGCACCUUUUUUGUAUAAAGUAAGAACUUACUGUAUGUAUUCUCCUGCAAAGUGCAGGGCCUGGUUUGUCUCCACAUGGCUUUUUUCUGUGGCACGCACACUCAGACUGGGCGAAAGGCAUUUGUUAGCCUCAUGGUAACUUGAAGCUGGAUUGGGCGAAGCACCAAUCUGCUGACUGCCAGUUGAGGAUAAAGAGAGUGGGGAGAGCUGGAGACAACUAAAGUCCAACGAAAGGAGAAAACUUGCUUUGCAAGAUGGACAUUAACAUCUUGUCUAAAUCCCAGCUCCUUCUCCUGUCCAGCACCCUAAAGGCCUCAUUCAUCUGUGUGCUGGAAUGGCUCCUCGGAAAACUAUGCAUUUCCAGGCCUUUACAUCUCUCUCUGUUCUUCUGCUUUUCUGCCUUACUUUCUGGACAUAAAUCCCAAAGAAAACACAAAGAACCCUCUUUUUGUUUCCAUGGAAUAGUUUCUAAAGGAAAGAAAAUUUGAGGACUCAGAGAUAUUUAAGGAUUUUUUAAGGAUUUGUGAUUGCUGGACACAAAGUGAUUUGAGAGGACCAUAAUGUUGUGGCAGCAUGUGUUUGUGCACAUACUGCAGGUGGGUGAUGAGCCAUGAUUGGAACUAGAGCAUCAUUAAUUUACCUGUCUGUCAAGUAGAGAAAACACAUUUUAAAUGGUUCUACUUUACACAGAUGUAUUGUGAACGUUGCUAUUGUCAUAUCUUUUGAAUCUCAGGAUAAGUGAUUAUCUGAUAUCAAACCAAUAAAUUAACUUUUGCUAAAUUACAACAGUGAAUCUACUCCGAGCCCCUCCCGCUGCUCCUCCACAUCGAGAGGAGCCAGUUGAGGUGGCUCGGGCAUCUGGUCAGGAUGCCUCCUGGACGCCUCCCUGGUGAGGUUAUCUGGGCACGUCCAACCGGGAGGAGGCCUAAAGGUAGACCCAGGACAUGUUGGAGGGACUAUGUCUCACACCUGGCCAGGGAACGCCUUGGGAUUUCCCCGGAGGAGUUGGCUCAAGUGGCCGGGGAAGUCCGGGCCUCUCGACUUAGGCUACUGCCCCCGUGACCCGACUCCGGAUAAGCAGAUGAAAAUGGAUGGAUGGAUAAAUUACAAUAGCCUAGGAUCACUAAUCCAAGAUUCUCCAUAUUAAACCAGAUUGUUCACCGAAGAGGUUUACUUCUGUAACUUUAGGGUUUUUAAGGCGAAAUUUUGUAAAUAAAUCUAAUUUAUUGACUCUUGUCUACAAUGUAGGCAGUAAGUACAAGUUUAACACUUCGAAAAAGUAAGAUUUCUUCUAAUCCCAAGGUCUUUGUUAUAAUAAAACUGCCCCAAAAUGAGGUACAGUCAAUUAUCAGAUCAGCAUAUUAAAACAUCUAACUGUACAAGAUGAAUUAAAUAUGAUUCAAAUAGAGCUUUUUUGUAUAAAAUGUACAGGAUGUGAGUCACUUACGUUUAUUUCUGCAGAGAGAGAUGAAACACAAAGGACAUUUUAUACAGUUAUUACCUCAAUGCUGUUUAUAAUCUGAUCAAACAAAAACACAGCCUAAGUUUUAUCAUUUUCUUCUUCUUUUUCUGAAACGAUUAACAUCUUAGAGCUACUGUAGCAGGAGCUGUAAAUAGUUUUCACGUCUAAAGAAAAAACAAUUUUCCAAUCCCAUUAAAUAAAAAUGGGACAUUUUUCCCAAAUAUGUACAAUGGGGUUUUUACUGAUAAAUUAUUGUUUUUCUGUUUGUUUCUUAGCUGUUUUUUUGUGAGUGCUUGGUGUGUGUGUGUGUGCGUGUGCGCGCGCGCGCGUGUGUGUAUGUGGAUAAAUGCUAUUUAAAUAAUUUAUCGGGAUCUGUUACCUUAAAAAAGGAUGUGGGUCCAUCUGUAUAAACAGUUUGCACACUGACGUGAGGAUGUUAUGUUCUUUAUUGUUUCCCUGCUUUUUUUUUGUUUAUUGUGUAUCAAUGUUACUAUUAUUUUUGUACAAUUAGUGCUGGUCUGUAAACAUUUUCUUAGUUGUACAAAGCAAAAUCCUGUUUUUAUUAUAGUGGAAUAUUUUGUUACAUUCUUUAAGAAAAUAAAUAGAUGUUAAGAUUCAUAAA